AGGGCCCCGUUCGGUCUGCGCAAAGCGCGGACUGGAUUCGGAGCAGAGGCGGAGCCAGAGCCACCGAAAGGUCGCGUCUUAAUCGUUUUCGACGAGAAAUUGAGAGUCGGCGACGUGUUCGGCGGCUUAACGUAAACUAACCCGACGUAUUUCGGGUCGCACGCGUCUGUUCGGGACGUUUUCACUCGGUUUUGUCGCCGUUUUGCUCAAUCGUGAACGACGGUCGCUUUGGCUCCGGGAGGCUGUGAGCGCUCCGCGUUUUCCCGUCGCCCUGCUGGCGACUCGCUGCGAGCAGUGGGGAAAACAAACAGGUCGAGCGGAGGGAGAUCGGUAGCCGGGUUGGAUGUAGAGGCUGUUCGGGGGCGAGUGAGCCGCGUCUUUUCGCCGCACGGUGCCAGUCCAGAGUUCUCCGGUUCUUGAGCCCCCCGUGGGAUUCGCCACGCACCUCGGAAGUUUUCGCCUCCCCCUCCCUCUGAGCAUGUUGUCGCCUUUCGACGCUUUCUGUCCAGGUCGUCGGAGCGCGCAGUCUAUACCCGCAGCGGUCUUGUGCCAUUCCCGACGUCUCGUCCACCGCGCCGUGUUCCGGCGUUGAACGCAUCCAAGUUCGGUGGGAGGAGGAUCCGCUCUCCGGGAACGCGGGCGACGCGCAUCGCUGGAGAUGCACGGCAGGCGCCUGGUGAAGCGCUCGAUCCUCGGCAGCCGCGUCUACGCGCCGAGCCCGACGGGGGACGGCGGCCCGGUGACAGGAGUGGUCCAGGCUGUCAAGCAGGAGAACAGGGACGCGCUGGCCGCCGGACCGCGGCGCAGCGUCUACACCGUGCUCCUGCAGGACGGAAGCCUGAAGGAGUUCACCGAGGAGGAGUUAGCCGCUGGAGCCAACCACACCGCGGCCAAAGGACCGCUCAAGUCCAGCCUGAAGAGCUCCAGUAACGGGGUCUCUGAUGGUCACAAGUUGGAGGGCGGCUGUCGGAGCCCAGAGACGGCGGACGAGCAGAGGCCCGUGGACGGGAAGCGAGUCAGUCGGGAUCCUGACACCCGAUCGGUGUCCCUCCUAGAGCAGAAACGCAAAGUGGUCUCGUCCAGCAUUGAUGUUCCACAUGCGAGACGGUCCGAGGAAGAGGUGGACAUGGACAAAGUGACGGCGGCCAUGGUACUGACGAGCCUGUCCACCAGCCCGCUGGUCAGGAGUCCACCAGUCAAAGUCAGCGAGGGCCUGAGUGGUUCAUGGAAGGACAACGGCUCAGCCGGACCCUUCACCCCAUCCAGCAACAGCUCCUCAGGAGGCUACUGGAGCUGGUCUGCACCCAGCGACCAGUCCAAUCCAUCCACACCUUCGCCGCCGCUCUCGGCUGACAGCUUCAAGCCCUUCCGCGUGCCGAGCGUGGGCGGCGUGGGGUCCAACCCGACGGGGGCGGAGGACCCCAGUCUGGAUGAGCAGGACGGCAGCAGUCUGCUCUUUGACGAGCCAAUCCCACGCAAGCGCAAGAACUCCAUGAAGGUGAUGUUCAAGUGCCUGUGGAAGAAUUGCGGCAAGGUGCUGAGCACCACUGCGGGCAUUCAGAGACACAUCCGCACCAUCCAUCUUGGGCGUAACUGUGACUCUGACUGGAGCGACGGCGAGGAGGACUUCUACUACACAGAAAUCAAGCUCAACACGGAUUCUGUGGCCGACGGGCUGAGCAGCCUGUCGCCUGUGUCCUCCUCCAUCCUCUCUCCCCCGCCCCCGCCUCCGUCGCCUCUGCCACCUCUCAGCCAUCCGCCGGACUCCCACCGAGCCCCUCAUCCCAACGACUCCAAGGAGCCUCACGCCGGCGGCACCACCCCUCUCAGCCGCUCUGCACCAAGCGCUCUCUACCUCAUCCACACGGACCACGCCUACCAGGCCACAGCUCCAGUGUCCAUUCCCUCCAGCAGCAGUAACUCGUCCUCCGCCAGUUUCACUCCCACCAACAGCUCCAGCUUCAGCAUCUCCUGGCAGUCUCCUCCCGUCACUUUCACAGGGAACACGGUGUCUCCCACUGAAAGCCAGGGAUUUGGAGAACAGCGGUCCCAGACCAUCGCCGUCCUGUCGUCCCCCCCUAGAGCGACCACCGCCCUCAGCCGGAAAGUGCGCGGCGAGGGAAAGAAGUGCCGUAAGGUCUACGGGAUGGAGAACCGCGACAUGUGGUGCACCGCCUGCCGCUGGAAGAAAGCCUGCCAGAGAUUCACCGACUGAUCCCACCCGGCCAGCGCAACGCCGCUCCAGCAGGCGCAGCGGCCGUCGGCCAGACAAAACCUAGCGGGAGGGGGCUUCAUUUUGCAUGCAAUUGGUCUUUCUGCAGCCCAGAAUCGCAACUAACCGUCAAGCUCCGGCCCCUCUACCACGUUAGCGACAUCCCUUCCAGCAACGGAGGCAAAUGAAGGAUGGCAGAAAGGCUUCUUUUUUGUCACAGCGCCGUCCAGGUUCCUUUUUACUGCCUCCGCCAGUCCCGUCAUUUCCAGUGAAUGGGAAACCCCUGUGCAGCUAGAUGAUGUAAAAAUAGAUCUUUUCAUGUUGGGUUCAGUGUUUCAUCUUUCUAUGUUUUGUACAGCUCUGGUUUUUAAUGGGAAGUCUUGUCUAAGAAGAAAAAAGAAAAAAAAAAGACCAAAAAGCAUUUUUGUGUUUUGGUAAAAGAUUAAAAAGAAGACUUUUACUUUUUUUUUUAUCUUUAUCCACAAGAAGAACAUUGGAGGAGGAUCUAUUGUUGUUUCCUUCAACCCUUUCACUUGUUUUGUUUAAUUUUCUGGACGUUUCGAGGUCAGAUUUUAUCACAAUCAGCCAUGUUCCUUCAGCGCUCCGCAGGAACCUAAAGGGAGCUGGAUGAACGGCGGGAACGAGAAGGAAGCGAGAGACGCACGAAGGUGAAUGAUCAAUGCAACACUUACAGUCAGGGAAAGCAGAUGGACCACGUCACAUUUUAAAAAGAAGUAUCAGCCUGCUUAAUCAGGUCAAGUCCUUCCUGAUGUUCAGGGAUGCGAUUCUGAAGAGAGGAAAGGAACCAGUAGCUUCGACGUUGGGUUUAACUGUCUGAAGCAGCAGCUUCUCUCUUUCGGUGAACCUCCUUCCUCUUUCAUGUUCUUUAUGGUUGUUCUUUUUUUUAUAGCUUUUGUUGCUCUUCAAUGUCUACUUUUUUGUUUUGAGCAUGUUGCUUCUUUUCUUAUUUCAAUGGGAUCAAACUGAAACUGUUAAACAGAACGUGUUCUAAAAAAAAAAAAAAAGACGACUCCCUUUUAGCUCCUGAAGUCACACCGUAAAAAAAAUCUUUUCACCACACGCAGAGAUGAAUAACCCUCCUCCUUGUAUACGUUUUGCAGUUUUCCAAAGGGAACCGCUUAAAAAGGCAACUUUGUUUACAUAAUGCCACAAAGGUGCAUCUUUUAUUAUCUGUAAGCUAAACAUAGGAGGGCUGAUAACCAAAAAAUGUUGCACUAAUUUAAAAACAAGCUGAUUUAUACUGCUACGUAAGCUCAGUUUCUUAUUGAGAUGACUUCUUUGAAUGAGAUGUAACAGCAAAAAAACAAAA